CUCCUUCCUUGGAGUUUUUUAAGGCCCGGCUUGACAAAGCCCUGGCUGGGAUGAUUUAGCUGGGAAUUGGUCCUGCUUUGAGCAGGGGGUUGGACUAGAUGACCUCUUGAGGUCCCUUCCAACUCUGAUAUUCUAUGAUUCUAUGAUUCUAUGCAGCAUUUCUAUAGGCACUUUUGAGCCCUAGACCCCACAGCACUUUACAGAGGGGUCAGGGGCAUUAUCCCUAUGGGAGAAAUGGGGAAAGUGAGGCAGGGGGAGAGGCAGAGCCCUGCCCAAGGUCACACAGUGAGUUUGGCAGUGGCGCGAGGGAUGGGUCCUGGGAGUCCUGGUGCUGCAACCCCAAGACUUUCUCUCCUGCCUGUAAAUGUCUGUCUGCAUUUGCACUUCAAGGGUGACAGCCCCCCCACAUGCCAUGGUCUUGAGCCAGGCCUAAGGCCCCACUGCCACCAGAUUAAUGGGUUUAGUGGGGUCAGGGGGCUUGUGGGGCUCUCAACGCUAGCGGGAAUUUCACUUUCAAUGCAGCAAAUAUUUUCUUCCUGUAAAAUGCCUGGGGAGAAACUUCCCCUUGUGGCGAUCUCUCAGCAGGGAUUCGUGGGGCUGCUGACGGCAGAAGUUCCUGCUUGGGGGAUGGCAGCUGCUCUGGGAACAUGAACCCGAGUGUCUGAAGUUAGACUCCAAUGGUAAUUCCCCUGCAAGUCCUCUGAUGGCCUCUUUUUUCUCUCCUUCUGCAGGGUGCCAGGAGCACUAGGAGCAGCAGGGAGGAUGGGAUGUUUCAGAAGCCUAAGCUGGGGUUUGCAGAGCUGGAGAAGAAACUCAGCGAUUUCUCUCUGAAAAGCGCCCACUUGCGGGAGGUGCUGCUGGGAUUCAAAGAGACCCUGCGACUGGAGCUGGGCAGCGACACAGUCCCCCUUCUCACCCUGACAGGCUGCAGAGUAACACCCGCCUUAGGCUCCCGAUGCUCCCAUCCUCCCCGGGGACGAGGAAGGACAAUGGCUGCAAUGGAGCCAGUCCAGGGGCCAGUGACCUUCGAGGAGGUGGCUGUGUAUUUCACCAGGGAAGAGUGGGCUCUGCUGGACCCCGCUCAGAGAGGCCUCUACAGGGAUGUCAUGCAGGAGAACUAUGAGAAUGUGACCUCGCUGGGGUUUCCUGUGUUCAAAUCCGAUGUGAUCUCCCAGGUGAAACAAACGGAAGAGCCAGGGGCCCCAGCUCUCCAGGGCUUAGAGGAAAGAGAGAUUCUGAUGGCCACCUGUUCAGCAGGUGAUGGGAUGCUGAGUGAGAAUAUGGAGCAGAAUCCUCACCAGGAACAUGCUGAGCAAGUGGAACCACAUGGGGGAUUACUACAAGGCUCCCAAGGGAAUGUAUCCAGGCAUCAUGUGCAGGGAAAAGCCUGUGAGAACUGGCAUAGGCCAGAGAGACAGCAGGAAAGCCAACCAGGGGAGAAAGUGGGUAAAUCCCCUAAUUGUCAGGAAACUCACAACAACUUCAAGGAAAGCACAGCCCAGCAGAGAAUCUCAACGGGAGAGAGACCCUAUAAAUGCACUGAGUGCGGAAAGACCUUCAGUUUGAGUUCAAACCUUAUUAAACAUCAGAGGAUCCAUACAGGAGAGCGCCCCUAUGAAUGCGGAGAGUGCGGGAAAACCUUCACUCACAGCUCACACCUAACUAGACAUCAGAGAAUGCACACUGGAGAAAGACCCUAUGAAUGCUGUGAGUGCGGGAAGACCUUCCGGUACCGCUCAGACCUUAUCACGCAUCAGAGAAUCCACACGGGGGAGAGACCCUAUGAGUGUGGUGAGUGCGGGAAAAACUUCAGUCAGAGCUCAAACCUUAUUAAACAUCAGAGGAUCCACACUGGAGAGAGACCCUAUGAGUGCUGUGAGUGCAGGAAGACCUUCACGCGGAGAUCAAACCUUAAUGCACAUCAGAGAAUCCACAAAGAUGCAAGACCCUAUGAAUGCUUUAUAUGGGAAAACCUCCACACUGAGCUCACACCUUAUUACACAUGAGAGAAACACCUUAAAAACCUUUUCAAAGCCUGACAAAAGUUGUUGGGUUUUUUUUGUAUGUUUGUUUGUUUUGUUUUUGCCUUAAUGCUUUUGUUAAUU